GUAGCAUCCUCUUGAUUUCUUCUUUCGACUGUUGUUCUUAAAAUGGCGCCUUUGGACCUGGAUAAGUAUGUUGAAAUUGCGAGACAGUGCAAGUAUCUACCAGAGAACGAUUUAAAGAGAUUGUGUGACUAUGUAUGUGACCUGCUACUUGAGGAAUCAAAUGUACAGCCAGUAUCCACUCCAGUCACUGUAUGUGGGGACAUCCAUGGACAGUUUUAUGACCUUUGUGAACUCUUCAGAACUGGAGGCCAAGUACCCGACACAAACUACAUUUUCAUGGGUGACUUUGUUGACCGAGGUUACUACAGCUUAGAAACAUUCACAUAUUUGCUAGCACUUAAAGCCAAAUGGCCUGACCGCAUCACACUGUUGCGUGGCAAUCAUGAGAGCAGGCAGAUCACUCAAGUCUAUGGCUUUUAUGAUGAGUGCCAAACUAAAUAUGGAAAUGCAAAUGCCUGGCGAUACUGCACUAAAGUUUUUGACAUGCUGACUGUUGCUGCCUUGAUAGAUGAGCAAAUUCUUUGUGUUCAUGGUGGCCUUUCACCUGACAUCAAAACUCUAGACCAGAUCCGCACUAUCGAGCGUAAUCAGGAAAUCCCUCACAAGGGAGCAUUUUGUGAUCUUGUCUGGUCUGACCCAGAGGAUGUGGAUACUUGGGCUAUCAGUCCAAGAGGUGCUGGCUGGUUGUUUGGUGCCAAGGUUACAAAUGAGUUUGUUCAUAUCAACAACUUGAAGCUGAUUUGCAGAGCACAUCAGCUGGUUCAUGAGGGCUACAAAUUCAUGUUUGAUGAGAAGCUAGUGACCGUCUGGUCUGCUCCAAACUACUGCUACCGCUGCGGUAAUAUUGCCUCCAUCAUGGUCUUCAAAGACGUGAACACAAGGGAACCGAAGUUAUUCCGGGCCGUUCCUGACUCCGAAAGGGUUAUACCACCAAGAACGACAACACCCUACUUCCUCUGAAAUCUUCAUUGCACCCUACACAUUGUUCUGUAAAACUCUCUUUUAUUAUCUUUCAUUUCUCUGUAUUUUCUUUUUUUAACAAAUAUUUUUGUAAAGAUUGAAGCAAUCUCCCCAACGACAGUAAUAUAUGGUUAUGUUUAAGUUGAUCAUAAUUUAGUUCACAUGAGAAUGACCGUAAUCAAAUGAACGUCAUUGUGCUGUUAUCAAAGCCGCUCUUCUUACAGGGCUUAAAAUAUAGACCUACAGUCUUUGACGGUACAAUGAGAAACUGUUGUAACACUUUGCCAGAUCAGAUGGCCAUAGCGGUAAUUGUAUUAUUAAGAGGACUGAGCGGAAAAACGAAGUUUCCAGACAGUGUUUUUCUUUUUAAUAUUUCUCAAAUGGGUGAUGACAAGGCGACAGGACAUUGGAAGGCUGUGAUUAGUUUGUACAUUAAUAUAAUUGUAUUGAUUUAAUCAUCUUUUCUCAGAAUUGUUGUAUUUUAUUAAAGGCAAUCCAUUGACCAACUAAAUGUUGAAAAUAAACUCCUUUAUUAUUAAGUUAAA